AUGAAUUAUGAAUGUGUAAAUGGUGAAGAAAUUACGUUUGUGAGACUGUUUGCUAAAUUUAAUUUUGGAUGGACUCAACGCGCAAAUGGUUAUGCCUACGACAGUCUGAAUGGAUAUGGUGCUCUGAUUGGGGAGCUUAGUGGAAUGGUCCUAGUAUAUAUAACUUUUAAUAGAAAAUGUCGUCAGUGUGACUCUAAUGAAAAAAGAAAUGUUCUGAUAGAACAUGAUUGCCGCUUAAACUUUUAUGGUAGCGCUAAGGGUAUGGAGGCCGAAGGUGCGCGUAAGCUGGUAACUGAAAAUGAGCUUUUUAAAAAUGCUCAUGUUGAAAUAGGCGUAUUUAUUGCCGGCAAUGAUAGUUGCAGUAUUAGUGCAAUACAAAGUAAAUCUAGGUGUACAGCUAGAGAAGGUAAAGAGAAUUAUGUUGGGUUACAACUGAAGAAUGCUGUAUUAUUCAAGGAACUUAAAAUUUUAUUUGUUAAGCUUGCCGAAAACGCCAAAAAGUUUUUAAUGGCAGCAUCUUCACAGGCAAAUGAGAGCCUUAACAAUUUGAUGUGCAGUAAGGCUCCAAAGAGAUUAUGUUACAGCACAAGUCAGUCAUGUGAUCUUCGAUUUGCUUGUACAGUCGUACAAAAAAUUUUUGUAGAGGCUUAUGUCGAUCGUAUUCUUCAUGCUCUACGUUUUGAAAUGACAGAUCGACUCACUAGGCGUAUUCAACGCUGUGACAAAAAAGCUUCAAAACGCAAGAUCAGAAAGGAACGUGUCAAUGUGAAAAGAAGGCGUAUUCAGCUUUCUCAGGCGCGCUCUCAAUUAAAACAUCGACAAGAAAAAAGAGAAGGGGUUUCAUAUAGCAGUCAUAUGUCUCUCUUUGACGUGCAAGAAUCUUCGAGUGCCCAAAGUUUCGAUGCUGACGAAAGCUUCUCUGAAUCAAUCCCCACUGAAGGAUUAAAUCAGCUACGUGAUACGAACAGUUUUGAGACAGAUGAAGAAGCUGUAGUAUUUUUCGACCUGGAAACAGGAGGGUUUGACAUGUUCAAAGAUGAAAUUUUACAAAUUUCCCUAAAAUGUAAUGAAAAAUCGUUUACUUCUUACAUAACACCAACGCGAUCAAUCAAUCUAAAAUAUUUAGAAAUUUAUAACUUGACCCGAAUAAACAAGAACCUUUAUAAAAAUGGUCAGCAAGUUGAGACAAACAGUAAAUCGGCCAUUGCACACGAUGUUUUGCAAUUUUUAAAGGAAAUAGAAAAAAAAUGUAUUUUAGUUGCUCAUAAAUGUGACUUUGAUUCCAGGCGUUUCGUUAAUUUAGUAAAAAAUUGUGAUUUACUCAGUAAUUUUCAAAAUGUCAUUGUUGGCUUGACGGAUACUUUGCCUUUGUUUGAAAAACAAAUUGUUGAUGUAGAAAAUUAUAAGUUGACUACUUUGGCAUCCUCCAAAUUACAAAUUUGUUGUUUGGAUGCUCACGAUGCAAAGUUUGAUGUGGAAAUUCUAGAAAAACUAGCUUAA